AUGGACCAGGAUCAGCAUAAAGACCCUGGCAUCGCCACUGCGGAGGUGGACCGAACAGGCCACCCCGACAAGAUCGAUCACCCAAUAGCGCCAGACCAAUUCGACGAGCGAUAUCGCACAACCCGUACAGAGAUCUGGGCUUAUUACGCCUAUUACAUUGGAAACAACGGGUUAUCACUAUUCAACUUUGCCCCAACAGCCUUUCAAAACCUGCUAUACCAAGCCGCCCCACCAUCUGGCCUACUGGAAUUCGCCGGCCGCAACCGCUCCAUAAACAGCAUCGUCCUCCUUUCAAACGGAAUCUCCUUCGCCAUCCAAGUAGUAGUCUUCUUAGUAAUAGGCUCCUUCGCCGACUUCGGCUACUGGCGCCCGAACAUCCUAAUCGCCUUGUCAAUAAUCGCUUACGCAAUCGGCUUCGGCUGGUUAGGCGUGCACACGUCGGAUAAAUGGCACAUCGCGGUCGGACUAUACAUGGUCGGAUUGAUCGCCUACCAAACUACUCUUACAUUCUGGACAGCGGCGUUCCCUAGUCUUGCGCGGAAUACGCUCGAGCUCAAGGAGAAGGCGGAUGCGUACUCUGCUGGUACUAUCUCACGCGAGGAAUACGAUUAUGCUGAUACUAUGAUGCGCAGUAAACUUGCCAAUGUGGCGUUUUAUGUGCAGUCUGUUGCGGAGAUUUUCAUCCUCGCUAUUAUUGUGGGGAUCAUGUUCGGGUUGAAAGUCAAUGAUAGCGAGGCUAAUAAUAACUGGGGCUUGAGUGUCCUUAUUGCAUUCGUUUCGGGAGUUUGGAUGCUCGUUUCCAUUCCUUGGUUUGUGUUGGAGAAACGGAGGCCUGGCCAGGAUCCAGGCGAGAAAUCAAUUCUUGUUGCUGGAUUGUGGCAGUUGGUGCAUGCUAUGAAGCAGAUUUGGCACUUGAAGCAGAGUUUGUUGUAUCUCAUUGGUUACUUCCUGCUUGGGGAUUCGCUGAAUACGACUGUCACUGUUAUCUCCACCUUGCAGAAUAGCAUUGUGGCUUACAACACCUUGGAAUUGACAUACCUUCUGAUUGUUGGUAUUGCUGCACAGGCCGUUGGAAUUUAUGUAUUCUGGUGGAUUCAGCAGCGAUUCAAGCUCGGCACAAAAACAAUGUUCAACACCAUCGCAGUCGGAAUCAUCUUACUAGACGGCUGGGGCAUGAUUGGCAUCUGGACAGACAAAUUCGGUUUCCACAACGCAUGGGAAGUUUGGGUCUACCAAGCAUUUUACGGCCUAUUCAUUUGCCCAUGGUACAGCUACUCGCAAAUCAUGAUCUCAGAAGUAACGCCCCGCGGCCACGAGUUCCUAUUCUUCAGUUUAUUCAGUAUCAUCGGCAAGACAUCCUCGUUCAUCGGACCCAUUGUUUCAAGCGCUAUCAUUGAUGCCAGUCCGACCGGUAAUGCCUCGACGCCAUUCUACUUUCUGUUUGCGUUGAGCUUGGUGAGCUUUUUGAUUCUGUUUUGGGGUGUUGAUUUGAAGAAAAGUCAGAUUGAACAGGAGGAGUUUUUGUUGGAUAAGUUAAGGAGGUUGAACGGGAGCCAGUCUUCUGCUGAGGCCUCGAAUUCUGUUUGA